CGACUAUAUUGUUUAAAGCGAUUAUUCUGCAACUUCAUGCUGUUCUUCCAUGUCCUACCGUAAUCUAGGUAACCGCACUCGUACAACGAGGUCGUCUUUUGGAAGCAGAGGGAGCCGACGACACUGUAGCAUUUGAUUCCAGUAUAGCAUUGCCAUCAGAUGCUUUUAGCGGGUUGAGGAACACAAUAUCGGCUUUUGAUGAAGGAGCCGCUGUCGAUGCUGCGCUGAAGAUUUUGAAGCAGAUGUUGACAGAUUGUGUGCGCGAUAUUGCGCAGGGUGCAAAUAAACGUGCUGAUGAAGUGGUCAUGUCACUGAGCAGAUGGUUGCACUCACCAGAUUCCUUGCUCUUUGACCCGGCUAUCACCAGAAGCGUAAGCAUUCUAGAGAGAAAGUUAGUGCUACUUUUAGCGGCUGAGUGUGAACGGUUAGGAGCAAAGAUCAUACAUGCGACACCAACAAAACUGGUAUUGGAUACUGGUAAACGUGAACAUGAACAAGGUACCGCGUUCACAGAACUACUUCUACAAUCGCUUGGGCAGAAUCCGCUAUUCGCUGCUUUGCACAUGACACCUACACAUCGAUGGACCACGUUACUGUGGUAUAAUGGCUACAAUCACACUGGCGUCAGCAGUGAGAGUGUUGAAAACACAUCUGAAAAUGGUGAGAUUUCGGAAGCAUCCCAACCCAAAGUGGAGACACUGCAUCACUGGCGAUUAGCUGAUGAUCUACCGAACGAAGGAGCGGUGCGAGAAGAAUUUCGUAAAAUCAUAGUCGGCUAUGUGACAUUAUACAUGCAACAACAGACUAAAGAGGACUUUGAUGAGGAAAAGGCUAUCGCCUUCCGUGAUGAUCUUGUUAGAACUCACAUUGGACACAGACUGUUCCGAGUUGUUUCGAAAUUGACUGGCCAAAGAGUGACACAUUACUCAGCUUCGUCUUUGGUGAAAGUGAUCUGUACAGCUCUAUCCUGUGAUGCAGCGGUGGAAGACAGUGUUGAUGGUCUGCGAGAGAAUUUGCAUCGAAUUUUGGACUCCAAGGAAGAACCUCCCACACGUGAUACCGUCUAUUUAUCAAAU